AUGAGACUUACUUCAGCCGCCUCUUUUAUUGCCAUACUCCCUGGUGCCCUGAGCCUUGCUACAAGGCAGAACACAGCGCAAAUUACCUUCAUUGGUGCUGGCGAUGCUCAAUUCACCCAAGACUUCCCAACAGACGGGUCCAUCGUGCAAAUCACGAACCCGCUCAGCAUCUCCCAUAUCGCCUCGAGUGUCCCCGGCAUCGCCUGUACCUUUACUGGCGUCGACCACGGCACCACUACUGUGACUGGGGCGGAAACUGUGGAUGUCGGCCCUCCCCAGACUCAAGUCCAGGGUUCCUGCCAAGUCGGGUCAACCCCCCCGAGUCCUCCAGUCCAGCCUGGCCCUGUUGGUGACGAAGUGCUGAUCACCUUCAUCGGAGCUGCGAAUGCCCAGUUUACACAGUCAUUUCCAAUUGAUGGAGCCAGCGUUCAAAUUAGCAAUCCUCUCAGCAUCUCGCAUAUCAUGUCGAACACUGCUGGUGUGGUGUGCACCUUUGACGGCAUCGACCAUAGCGUUACCAUGGUCAGUGGGGCGCAGACAGUUGAUGUUGGUCCUCCUCAGACUCAAGUCUCUGGCUCUUGUGCCCCUGCUUGAGGCUUGACUCUGCGGAGAAAAUGUCCUCAACCAACCACAUAGAGGAUAUGGAGCCUUGUUCAAAGCUCUCACACAUCCCAUCACUCUGCGGGGUCAUCUUUUGUUCCUUUUCUGCAUUAAUCCUGAUCCAUAGGCAUGACUGUAUUCUUCUUCUUUUGGCUUCAACCACAGCCUGUGCACAAAGCUGAGGGUCUACUUGUUAACUAUAGCUUUUCUGCGAUUCACUGUUGAUAUUGUUGAUAGUAAAUAAUGUUUAAUUAUUCUAAGC